CUUUGCUGCUCAACCACCGUCGAUGCUUUAAUCCUUUCCCUCCGCUGCUCGCUUCACUCUCGCCGGAGCUCCACUUCCACUGUCGCUGCUCUAAUCUUACUGCUCGUGUCUGUCCGCUCUUCAUGUCCCUCCGCUGCUUCAGUCUCGCCGGCGCUCUACUUCCAUGGUCGCUGCUCUAAUCCUGCUGCUUGUGUCCCUCCACUUCUUCAGUCUCGCCGGCGCCCCACUUACAGCCGCUGCUCUUUCUUAGGUUGGAGGAAUCUACUGGAAACACUCAAAAUUGAAGUUGCAGAAUAUGAUGAUUUCCUGCUGUUAGAUAUCGAGGAACACUACAGAUGGAUUUCGUUGAAAGCAAUCAACAUUUUCGAGGAAGAGGUAAGAAUAAAAGGAGUUGGACUGCCGAAGAGGAUGCUGUUUUGAUAGAGAGCUUACAACAAGUGGCUACAGAACCUAAAUAUAAACAAGGCAACACCUGGAAGAAUGGAUAUUUGUUACGAGCAGAAGAAUUGAUGAAUAUAAGACUUCCUUCGUGUGGUUUGAGAGCAAAUCCUCAUAUUGAUUCACGGUGGAAAACUAUGAAGACAAAAUAUAAUGCCAUAGCUGAAAUGUUGAACAAAUCUGGAUUUGCUUGGGAUGAUUCAAGAAAAAUGGUUCAGUGUGAAAAAUCUGUUUUUGAGGAAUGGUGUCAGAAUAUGAAUACACAUCUUGGAACAAUGGCGAGUGUAUGGUCUCGUGCAGAGGAGCGUGAGCAAGAUAUAAUUGAGAAAAGCAACAAUGUAUUGAGUGAGUUGCUUCUUAUAGACAAUUUGUCGAGUGCUGAAGCAUUGCAAGCCGCUGAUAUUCUCACAGCGGAACCAAACAAAUUGAGGGUGUUCUAUCAAGCUCCACCAAAUCUUAGAAGGCAGUAUAUCACUAGUCUUCUUUAUGGUUAAUUACUCCAAGGCUAUUGACGGUGUUUUCGAGUGUUUCAAUUUCAAAAUUAUCAUGUAUUUUUUUAGUUUAUGGAUUCGAAUUUAGAACGAUGUUGAUUAAAACGUUGAUGUUUGUGUUAUAAACAAAUUAUUCUAGACAUAUUUCUAAUGAAUGACUUAAUUGCAAUUUAUAAAAAAUUAUGUAAUUUAAUUAUCUUUUA